AUGUUGCCAAAUGAUUUCCACUACAACGUUGGGAUCAGCGCGUGCGGAAAGGGCGAGCAGUGGAAGCGGGCGCUGGCGCUGCUCAGCGAGAUGCGGGGGGCGAAGCUCGAGCCCGAUGUAAUCAGCUACAGCGCUGUGAUCAGCGCGUGCGAGAAGGGCAGGCAGUGGCAGCGGGCGUUGGCGCUGCUCAGCGAAACGCGGAAGAAAAUGUUGGAGCACAACAUCCUCGCCUGCAACGCCGGGAUCAGCGCGUGCGAGAAGGCCGCGCAGUGGCAGCGGGCGUUGGCGCUUCUCGGCGAGAUGCGGGAGGCGAAGCUGGAGCCCUCCCCCUAG